GUGCAAAAUUGCAGAAUGAUGACAAUGUCUUUAAUCUGGGGAGUCUUGGUGGCAGUAUGCUGUUGCUUAUGGCUUAUCACAGGAAUAAGAAGGAGGCGUCCCGGCGAACCGCCCCUGGACAACGGACUCCUCCCGUACCUGGGCUGUGCACUGCGGUUUGGUGCCAAUCCUCUUGAAUUCCUCAGGGCCAAGAAAAAGAAGGCCGGGAAUAUUUUUACCUGCAAAAUAGUGGGGAAAUACGUCCAUUUCCUGACCGACCCUUUCUCAUUCCACAUGGUGAUGCGCCAUGGAAAGCACUUUGACUGGAAAAAGUUUCACUUCACCACCUCUGCUAAGGUAUUCGGACACAGAAGCAUUGAUCCGAAUGAUGGAAACACCACUGAAAACAUGCAUCAGACUUUCAUCAAAACCCUUCAGGGUGACGCUUUGCAUUCCCUCAUUGAAAACAUGAUGGAAAACCUCCAACACAUCAUGAAGCCGUCGGUCCCGCCGCAAGAAAAUCCCGCCCCGUGGGUGACGGAUGGGCUGUACUCAUUCUGCUACCGGGUGAUGUUUGAAGCUGGGUAUUUAACUCUAUUUGGCAAAGAGCUAAAUUCCAAUAACGAUCUCCGGAAGCAGAAAGCCCAGCAAGCCAUUUACCUUGAAAACUUCAAAGAGUUUGACAAGAUCUUCCCUGCUCUGGUGGCGGGUCUCCCAAUCCAUGUGUUCAAGAGUGCGUACAACGCGCGCGAGAAGCUGGCAGAGGCGCUGCUGCACAAGAACCUCCAGAAGAGAGACAAAAUCUCGGAGCUGGUCACCCUCCGCAUGUUCUUGAAUGACACCCAGUCUACCUUCGAUGAUAUGGAGAAGGCCAAAACCCACCUGGCGGUUCUGUGGGCGGCCCAAGCCAAUACCAUUCCUGCCACUUUCUGGAGUUUAUUCCAAACUAUGAGGAGCCCAGAAGCACUGAAAGCGGCAGCUGAAGAAGUACACAACACGCUAAAAAAUGCUGGUCAGAAAGUCAGCUUUGACGGCAAACCCAUCGUGCUGACUCUAGACCAGCUGAAUGACAUGCCCGUGCUUGACAGUAUAAUCAAGGAAUCUAUACGGCUAUCAAGCGCAUCCAUGAACGUCCGGGCUGCAAAGGAAGAUUUCAUUUUGCGUUUGGAGGAUGGCUCCUAUAGCAUCCGUAAGGACGAUGUCAUAGCUCUUUAUCCCCAGUUGGUGCACCUGGACCCAGAAAUCUAUCCUGACCCUCUGACUUUCAAAUAUGAUCGUUAUCUUGAUGAAAAUGGAAAGACAAAGACCAACUUCUAUCGCAAUGGCCUCAAGUUAAAGUAUUACUACCUACCCUUUGGUUCGGGCCUAACAAAAUGUCCUGGGAGAUUAUUCGCUAUUUAUGAAAUCAAGGAAUUUCUCAUUCUGAUGCUCUCCUCCUUUGAAAUGGAACUCGUGGACAGUCACCCCAAAUGUCCUCCCUUAGACCAAUCUCGGGCAGGAAUGGGCAUUUUGCCACCCACAAAUGAUAUUGAUUUCAGGUACCGGUUAAAAUGCCUAUGAACAUCGCACUUUGGACCUAGAAGAAAAGAAACCACUAUGAUGAAAUGACCCGAACAAAAAGGGAGCCGUCCGACCCAGGGACCCCGUGAAAGGUGACUGAAAAACAACAGGCAGCGCUAGUUGACCUGGUUCUACAUUUCUGUUUUAACUCCCUGGUGACGUGGGAAAGCUGGCCCACAUGAGAGAAUGGCUGGGUACAGUCCAGACUCUGAUAUUGAAAAUACCCCUUUUUUAUUGGCCCAGCAGUUUGGCUCCUUAGGGUGAAUGGAUCAGUUUGGCCUUAAAAUAAUUAAGGACUAUUUAUUCUUUUCAUCAACAGAAUAGGCCAUUUUUCUUCAAGGAGGGCUGCAAUGGACAGGAUUUUUUUUCCCCCCCGAAGAAACUGCUUUAUUUCAGGAAAAAAAAAAAUCAGCAACGUUUUUGUAGCAACAUCUCAAAAUGAUUCACGUUUUAGUGAAACUUCACCAAACUUUGCUAACCUGGGUGUUUAUAUUUUGACCAUGAGGAUGGCAAAGUUAUCUUGAGCCUUUAAAUAGUAAGGAAACAAGCUUAGCUGCUUAUAUAACCACAAACCCCUCAUAUUCAGUCUUUCAUAGGGUGAUACUGAUGUCUGGCUCAAUGCUGGGCUUAGUUGAAAUUUCUACUAUUAUAUAUUAAUUUAUUCUUACAGUGAUAUGUAAAUGAAGGGUUUCUAACCACACAUCUUCUGAUUCAGUUUUCAGAUUAUUCUAAACUUCUUUGGAGAUCAGGAGCCAGGGUCAUGGCUACUUAAUCCCCCUCUAGACUGGACGCUUAUUGUGAGCAGGGAACA